GGAGGAGGGAGGCACCUGCUUUCCCCUGGGUCACAUGGGCGAGAGGGAAGGCGGAGCUGGCCAGAUCGCAGCCCUGGGAGGGAGCGGACGGAGGGACAGGGCCGUGACUUCAGCACAACCCCGGCCCCUGCCAAAGGAACUGGCUGAGAGAAAUCCUGAGCAACCGAGCUCAGUCCGGGGAGGAUCCCAGCCAUCCUUGGAGCCCUGGGGGUGCACGGAAGCAAACCAACCAACCUCCACGAGAGGUUGUAAAUGCUGUGGGGAGGGGGAGUUCCAGAAUCCCUUGCUCAAACGACCCCAAAUUCGGACCACGGACCCUCCCCGGCUCCCCCAUGAGGUGCAGCAAAUUUCACGCCAAUCCAAGUGCUGAAACCCUGGGGGCUGCCGGUUCCUUGUCAUCCCCAUCUCCAAGGGCCCCCCACGCCCCCCAACGGGCUGAGGACGCUGGGAAGCAGGAGGCUGGGUUACGGUUGCACCAUCAGGAUUGUGGUCCCUCCAGGGAGAGGGGGCGUGACCGCCCCAUGUCCCCCCCUCCCUCCCAGACACCCGGGGGAGCGAUGGCGGGCUACAGUCACCCCUUGCUCCUGGUCGUGGCCCUGCAGUCCCUGUUACAGACGGCCCUGGGCCAAGCCACGAACGGGAGCACUGCGACACCCACACCCGCAUCGGGGCUCACGGAGUCGGAGCGGCUGGCGGCCAUCAUUGUCCCCUCCCUAGUCGGGGGUCUCCUGCUUAUUGGACUCGUGAUCUUCGGGGCGCUCAAGGUGCGGGAGAGGCGGCAGACGGAGGGCACCUACCGGCCAAGUAACGAGGAGCAGGUGGGUGCUCGGGUGGUGACGAACGCUAACCUCCAACUGCCCCCCGAGGAGCGGCUGAUCUGACCCGGGGGGAGGGGGGGGGUCACGCACACCCCCUCCCCGGACUGGCAGACUCUGCACCGGCAGGACACCUGUAGGGGGGGCUCCUUGCUCUCUGCUGGCUGGAAGGAGCCAACGUCUUCGUCACUGGAUGCAUCGGAUUUGAACCUGCGCCCUCCUGCUGCGGCGGGGGUAGGGGGUGCCGCCCAGCCAGGGGCAGCUCGGGGCAGCUUGCCUGCGAAAGUGCUGGCCAUGCUGGUGCUGUGCGAUAUCGCCUCCUGGUGGACCACCUUAUCCCUCCCCAUCCACCCCCGUCUGCGUCUCACACGUGUCCUGUAAUCUCCCCUACCUCGGUUGGCGUCUGUCUGUCCUGGGGCCGGCUGCAGGGGGGUUGUGCUUGAAGCUGCCCGGGUCACCGAGCCGGCCUCAGCUUGCAUUGCAGGCUGCAGAUGGGGAGUGACUCCGUGUUGGCAACCGGGCUGCCGAAAGCGAGGCUGGCGCGGCAGCGAAGGAAGGGGAAGCUAGAAACUCCUGCCUGAGCCGCCGGGGAAGGUUUUGGCUUUAAAAAAAUCCGCUGGAGGGGAACAGCCGUGUCUAUGCAUUGUUUAAAAAACCGAUCCCCCGGGUUAGUUAAUACACAUCAGCCCGAGGUGCAGACGGAAGGUAGGGGAAGAGAGGUUUAAGUCCCUUCACUGUCGUGCCUCAGUUUCCCCAUCUAUCACCCUCCCCCUGGUGCUCUACAAAACCUUCUUGGGUGCAUGUGGAAGGAGCCACAUCACUCUCUAGCGGCUGGCGAAUGCAGAGGAAAAUAGCCUCCUGCGGCUGGCAGCUGAUGGAGCUGCUCCUUGGGCUGGGCUGACUGGACUCAAACCUGGGCUGCUGAUGGGGUCAUUUCUCAUGGUGUGCAGAGGAGUGAAAUACGCUAAUAACUCAAAAAACAACUGGGCGGCCUCUUUUGCUGCCCUCUCCCUGGGGAAUGAACCAAACUGCACCCAAUUUAAUGAUCCAAAUCUGCGUCCUCCGGCAGGGCCGUGAUUCAUCCCUUCCUUAAACCCAAUCUCAUUGGAAUCUUCUCCCAUGUGCAGCAUCCCCCCCGGAGCAGGUGUUGGGGGCCUUUUCCCCCAAGCCACAGUGUCCCACAGCACAGCCCUGCCCCAUUGCUGCCCCUACCCCCGGCCAGCACCGGGGCUAAGGUUAUUUCCCUGCAUGGGGCAGCCUGUCCCCUCAUCAGUGAGGCUCGAGCAGGAGCAACUGUCCUCUGCCUUAAGCUUCCAGACCCAGCUGCAGGAGAAGCCACUUGUGAGCGGGUUUCCGCGCCCCAUUAAUCACUCGUACCAGGAGCGGUUCCCGAGCCUUGGGCUUGGUUUGUGGAUCUUUAACUCAAAGAGCUUUUCUCCCACCAGUGCCUUGGCCAUUUGAGUUAUGCGGAACACCUACCAUCCAUAGGUUUCCAAUAGGCUGGCCCAUGGGGCUGGCAGUGCCUUUAUGCCACCCGUGGGUCGUUGCUAUGAACAGCUCAGCCUCUUAACUUUGAUGUAGUGGCAGGGAGUUCCCCAGGCUUCCAAGGGAGGGAGAUGGGGGCAGGGAGCUGUUUGCCCAGCGGGCCAUCCAGCAUCGGGGUUGCUAGGAACCCAGUUCCCCAGCCAGCUGCCAUCUUUACAGCCCCUGGUCGAUGCUUCCUCGGUGUAGGCUGCGUCUGGGAUCUGUCCCCCUGCCUGCCGCCGGCGCCUCUGUGGCAUGCUCAGUGCCUGGCUGAAAGCUUCCCCUGCUCCUCCAACCGUCACCUGGUGCUGCGUGUUCUCCCCCUCAGUCACCUCUUCUCUCCUUUCAGUCCUCCCGGGAAGACCCGAAAUUAACCGAGCUGUGAGAGCCGGGAGCAAAUGUCACCAGAGCAUGGCCCUGGCCCUUUGAAACGGCCGGAGUUGGGAUCUCCCGGCCCCAUGCCCACCCACUGGUCAGUUCCUCACCCCGCCCUCCCCAUGGGGUCACUCCGCCCAGGCUGCCUCUUACAACCUCCCUGUUCACCCAGCUCCGGGGGGGCUGGUCGCUGACUGGGGUUCUGGGGCCCUGUGAUAAUACAAAGAACUGCAGCAGGGCUGGGGUCCUGAAAUGGGACCAGCUGUUCACAGCUCAGGGUGGGCCCCUGGGUGCAGCUCCGCCCACAUGGGCCCCCGGUGCAGCUCUUUCCCCACCGCCAGUCUUCUAGCUCUCGAAUCUCUUCUUCAGCUGUGACGCCUGAAGCAGGGCUGGGAGCCAUGUGGGAUUUAGGCUGCCGUUGGAAUCAAUGGGAGUUAGGCACCUCCAGCCCCUGGGCCUCGGACCCAGGGGGUUUAGGUGCCCAUGGUGCUAAUCUUACCCCUUCUCUGCACCCAACUAUGCAGCAACGUAACUGAAGCCGUGCCCCGACGCUUGGCUAGAAAGGGAGGCUGGUCGUGCCAGGAAGGCUCUGCCUCAGACCCGCUGGGUGACCCUGGACAAGUCACGUCACCUCUCGUGUCUCACUUUCCCUAGGUGUAGGAAGCCAGUCCUCCAGGGCCAGCGAGGAGCAGGAGGCAGGGUUACCUGCCCCUCUGGGUGCUGGGAGGGUGGCUUUUUAAGCUGGGUUCAUAGAAUGUUGUGUUUUCCCUCCUCUGUGCAAAUUCAACUUUUAUUUUUUUGUAAAAUAAACUAACUUUGGGAUCAAUUAAAAAAAAUGGGGACGGGGGCCCACGCCCUCUCACCCUUGC